AGAGCGUGAUCUAUUCACUUUAGGGAGAAGUCUGGCUUCAAUAGGUUCUGAGAUCAAGUCUUUUGAAACAGUUGGCACUACUGGCUGCCUGAGAGAGGUCAGAGUUACAUUCAGUUAGUUCUGGGGUUGAAACUUGAGAUACCUGACAGUGUUAGCAUGAAACUGUUGUUGUCUCUGAGUGUUGUCAUACUGUUUGUCGCGGCUACUCAGCCAUUGGACUGUGGAUGUGUCCCAGAAAACAGCGUGAAAUGUGACAAUGUGACAGGAGUGUGUCAAUGCAGAGAUGGAUGGACAGGUCAGGACUGCAGCCAAGACGUGGACGAGUGUCUCCAGACCUCAAACCCUUGUGGAAAUGCUAGCAAUGCCACGUGUAACAACACGCCAGGGGCGUACACGUGUGAGUGCGAGAAUGGAACCUGGUGGGGCGCCACUGGAGAAUGUUUAGAGUCACUUCCGUUCCAGUGUGAGAAGUCAGCUGACAUUGUUUUCGUCAUGGACUCUUCCGGAAGUAUUGGUACGAACAACUUUCAGAGACAGCUGACUUUUGCUGCCAACGUUGCAGCUUUUAUGCGCCUGUCGUCCAAAGAAAUCCGAUUCGGUCUUGUUGAGUUUGAUCUUGACGCCGUCAAAGUCUUUGACCUUAACGCAUACGACAGCGAUGCAGAUUUGCGCCAGGCCAUAAUGAACGUGACAUACUUGGGUCAAGGCACGAGGACAGACAAGGCACUUCAAUUGCUAACCAGUGAGCAGAUGUUCUCAGAAGCCGCUGGUGGUCGGGACGACGCCCCUGACAUCAUCAUCACUAUUACGGACGGACGAUCAAACGAACCAAAACUAACCAAAGAAGCGGCCUUGAAGCUGAAAGCGUCAGAUGUCACCAUGUUCGCUGUUGGCAUUGCAGACUCUGUAGACCUCAGCGAGCUGGAGACGCUGUCUACUAGACCCGAGCUCGUGCUGCUGGCAGAUAACUUCACCACUCUGGAUGAGAUAUUGUCUCCCUUGCUCAAUAAAACAUGCACAGUCAUUCAAGAAUUACAAGUCAACUAUCAGUAUGUACCAAAUGUUUGCAAGGGAGGCGAUUUCACCAACGGUGUAGCUGUUUUACCCUACCCAGGGGACUGUACAAAGCUCAUCCAGUGCUACUACAGUGAGCUUUCUAAGAAGACACUAGUGGUCAUUAGGCGAUGUCCUCUCGGAGAGUUCUGGAACCAGAAUACUUCAGAAUGUGCACCAAGCUGGAAAGUUCAGUGUCCUUUUGAUCAAUGUCAAGGCGGGUGUGAGCAAGGAUCUCCAUGGGACAACUCACUCACUGAAGUGGACGGUGUGAUGACGUACCCUAUGGAAGCCAACAAGCGAGGCUACUUUGCAUGCGACAAGGGAAGGUCACUUCCCAAAUGCUGUCCGAAAAACGUGGGUUAUGUCCCAGGAGUUGGAUGCUCCUUGAGCCUCAAUGCCGACCUGGAGUGCGGUCCUGAGAGCUCUUGCGGUGACGGAGUCGGCGUGUGUAAGAAAGUACCCGCCUGGGACAAUAGGAACUCAUUUCUGGAGCUGACCCAAACUCUAGGCUACUAUCCAGUGUCCUGCAUCUACGCUGACUUUAACAUAGUGGACUGUAGGUGUAAUGUCAAGACAUUAAAUGACCAGUACCAUGACAAGUCAAGCUGCACACCAUACUUCCAGACCAAUAUAAGUGAAGAUUGUGCUGAAGAGGUUUACCAAGUGCCUGCAUUGGGGCGAACCUUUGAGAAGUCUGCGGUGACUAUCAAAUUUUCACUGAGUCUUUCAUCACCACACUUUCAAGUCGUGUCCACUCCAGAGUCUCAAUGUCAAGGAUGCGUUGGACUGAAGGUCUGGGGAGACAUGGACACAAUUAACGUCGCCUUGGGCAACAAGCAGAACAAGUCUCAGGCAGCUGUCUUGUGGAGGAAUGCUACUGGUGACCUUGACAUUACAGUGGUGAUACACGAAGGCAUGAUAACCUUUGGAGUGACCCAAGGCAGAUACGAGGUGGUCACCUCGGUGGAAGCCCUUGUGACCAGUGACACUCUCAAGUGUUCUUAUCGCGUGAAGACCAAGUCUGACUUCAAGAAUACCUGCAUUCUGUCUCAGCUUCAGAUACUGAACUGCAAUUAUAGUUUUGACAACAUUUACAACGUUUCAAGUUAGACGACUCCAGUAUUACUGACUUCAAUUUAUAUAAUGGCUCUUACAUUUAUGAAUUAGUGUUUUUAGCAUCUUUUCUUAAUUUCUCUCUCUCUCUCUCUGCAUCUUUAUUCUGUUACAAAAUAAAAACUAUUUAUUCUAUAAAAA